AGUGAAUUGAUUUAUCAUCGUCCAAAAUAAUAUUGUUGAUGAUUUUAAGUGGAGUAUUAAGUAAUGAUCCCAAAUGGUGUCGGACAAACGAUAACGUCUGUGGCCGACACUCGUGACCAGUCGCCGGGACUGACCGCACGACACCAGACCAACCUUUUAUCUUGACUUGAUCACGUCUUAUUUAGGUAAGUUAUAAUUUUUUCUAUCGAUUACGUAGAUUAAACAUGAAUGCAACACCAUAUCGAUUCAACCUUUAGUGUGUGAUUUUUAAACUAUUUACGACUUUUUGUCUUCAAAAUAAAAUUCUUUUCAUUAGAUUUUUUAUUCGCUUAUAACUCUUAAAUUGUGAUAGUGUAUUUGUAUGAACGAGCUCAAAUUUCCACGUGUAUUCCGAGUGCUAUUUAUUAUAAACUACAUAUAUCUACCAUUUCUCUUUACAAUAAGUUCUUUCAUUAUUUCGUACUAAUGAAGAUCUUAAUUACUUGAAUGAAAUGAAAUUCUGAAAUAAUUAAAUUCUUAAUUACUUAUAUUUGAUAAAUGUUUCAUUCUAUAAGAUAAAGUUUAUAAUGACCCUCAUUUAUCUGAUGAUGUAUGAGAAGGAAUAAUUAGUGCACCAUUAGUAAAAUGCUAUUGAUAAUGGAAUUUACUGAUCAAGCCUGGAUGAUAACUUUUUCAGCAUUAGAUUCUUAAAAUGGUCGUGUGCGGACUAGUAAGAGCAGCGUCGAGAAUCGGCAGAUCAGCCAUGGUGUCACAUUGCUGCCAGAGAGCUUACGCAAGCGAUGCAAAAGGACGAUUUUUCACCAAAAAACAUGAGUGGGUGUCUGUCAACGACAACAUAGGCACCGUCGGCAUUUCCAGCUACGCACAGGACGCACUAGGCGAAGUGGUGUUUGCUCAGCUGCCUGAUGUAGGCAAGGAAGUGACGGUGGGGGACGAGUGUGGAGCAUUAGAGAGUGUUAAAGCUGCCAGCGAGGUUUAUACACCUAUUUCCGGCACUGUGACAGAAAAGAAUGACAAAGUGGAAUCAACACCAUCAUUGAUAAACAAAUCCUGUUAUGAAGAGGGAUGGCUAUUCAGAGUACGGCUAAGUAAUCCCGGAGAGUUGCAGCGGCUGAUGGAUCAGAACAGCUACGAUCAGUACCUAAAGGACUCACAUUGACAACAAAUCUACAUUCCUAAUUAUAAGAUAAUUUAAUUCAGUGUUAUAUUUUACCAUGCCUUUACCAUCAUCAUGUUUCGAUAAGAUUGUAUAAAUCUCAGGAUUUUUUUUAAUAAUCUAGCGAGACAUUUUUAAGCAAUAAUGUAAAUAGACAUGGAUAGGAAAUUAUUAAAUAUUAACAUUAUAAUAAUAAUGAAGGAUUUACUUUUGAUAUGAGCUAUGAUUAUAAGUGUUAUAUGCCUGU